AGCGUUUUGCGUGAAUAUUGUUUUGUUCGAAGUGAAACAAGAAAAUCGCAUUACUGGGAGCAUCAAAAGUCAAAGAGAAUAUCGCUAAUUGCCCAGGUUCCCACAGCAUUUGAACGCAACGUAAGCCACCGCGUGGUUCCCCACCCUGCCGCUGCGCUUCACCAGUCCUGUGCGUGUGUGUACGCACCUUGGCCAACGCGCAUCAUUGCUUGCAAUUAUUUCUCUGUAUUUUAAUUCUCUUUUUUUUUUAACAUCUGAAGGAAAAAAAUAACACUCAAUGUGUUAGUUUCUCUAGUUACUCUUAUCGUUUUUAGAUAACCAGUACUGUCUUUAAGUCAUCCUCUCAGUAAUUGCGCAUUCCCGAUGGCGGCGAACCGGGUCGGGCGGCGGGUCAACAAGGUGUGCAACCAGCAGUCACCCAACCGAGCCCGCGGCAGCAGCGGCGGCGGGCGUGAACCGGGCGGCCACAGCCUGCAGCGGCGCCAGGCCCGAGUCACCGUCAAGUACAACCGCAAGGAGCUCCAGAGGAGGCUGGACGUGGAGAAGUGGAUCGACUGCGGCCUGGACGAGCUCUACAGGGGCCGUGAGGAGGACAUGCCUGAAGAGGUAAACAUCGACGAUCUUCUCGACCUGAAGACUGACGCUGAGAGGACGCACCGACUGCAGGAGAUUCUUCACUCGUGCAACAACAACACUGAGGUGUUCAUCGCCGAUUUGGUGGCCAAACUUCACGGCCUCCAAAAGCAGGAAGAGUUGCACAACGACGGCAUCGACCUACCACAGCUCCACAUCUACCCUGCCCGCCCCGGAUCGGCCGACAGGGAGGUGCUGCAUUGAAAAAGCAAAUGUACAAGGGGUACAACUGUGAUGUACCUCACCCCGGCCACCUGCCAGCAGGGAGCUGGACUACAAAACAAGCACGUCUAAAUCCCACAUCCAUCCACCUCCAAAUGUGUUGAGUUAUUCCAAACACCUCAGCAUCAACUGCACCUCCCAAAAGACUCGCUCCCAAACCAGCAAGAACCUCAAAGCACACAGGAAGUGGACCAUCAGAACUUGAUGAUUUAAAAGUAUUCAUUAUGCUUGACAAACAAUCUGAGCACUAUUUUCUUUUCCUUCAUUUUUACAGGUUUCAUUUCCUGGUUUCGGUCAAACGCACAUGGGCACACAUUCUUCGAACUGUCAACGUAUGAUGUUAAGUCACAGACUUACUCAAGGCCGUUUGUGUAUGUGCGUCUGUGAAUGUGGGCUUGUUUGCAGCCACACUCACAUGCGCGCACGCACGCACAUAAUGCACAUAUUUUAUACAUAAUACAUUUGUGUGGUUCAGAUUUUCCGUCUGUGUAAAUGUUUUGAAAUAAAAAAAAAAAAAACUUUCACUUUGAAAGGAUUCUAGUUGCACUUUAUGGUAUUUUAUUUUGUACUUCAGGCAAGAGUUUGGAACAAUUGACCACAAUGAAUCAACUGGUUGACAGAAAAAAAUAAACGUACAAAAUAUGAGAACAUUAA